CAAAAUAGAGUCAGCGUGUACACCACAUGACCAUUGAUAUGGUGUUGUUCACAAGCAGAGUCCACUUCGUCUACAAUGACCUCCGUGCCGUGCUAAAAAUAGAAUGCGAACAAACAGAGAUUGCCGCCUUCGUCGCGUCGUCAUCGCCAGUUGCCCGGAUGUAAUUAGGGCAGAUAGAGUUGGCAAUCGAUGUCGACACGGGCUUCGGUUGCUCGCUCAUCCAUCAAGCCGCUGCACCCGGCCGAUCUGGCGCGGCCGCUACGUAGCGAUAGCUUUCUUCAUCUACGCACGCGGUUGGGGAGCCGAGUUGGUUGAUGACGAAACGCCGUUCUGAUUUCGGAAAUCACUUCAUCAAAGACUGGAACUCUAUACAUGCUGACCUGGUAACUCCAUGGCUUCUAGUACCGUGGACGAAGAAGAAACCUAUUCUCCUCUGAGUAACUUGGAGGAAGAAACAAGAUCUCCCCUGAGUACCAUGGAGGAAGAAACAAGAUCUCCCAUAGAGAGAAUCUGCCAGGUUCUUUCAUCCAAAACCAAGAAUUCCGAUGAUGCAGAUGACCAGGGUGAAAGUCUGUCUAACCCUGUGACGUCGGCUUUACAGUUUCGUUUCAAGUGUGACAAGUGUGAACAAUCUUUCUCUUCCAAAGGCGGCUGUACGAAUCACAAGAAGAGGGUGCAUCCAACCGACGAUGACUUGACCAGGCACUGGCAUACCUGCGAACAAUGUGGUAAGAGCUUCUUCUACAAGAAGCAAUAUGACAACCACGUUACUAGCUGUACAGGAAGUGUUGAUGGCGAUAAAGCAGGGAGUAUUUGCAUUUGUCCAAUGUGCCCGUUCACAUGCUUUGAUAAGGUUGAUCUAGCCCAUCAUGUUGUGAGUCAUGAGCAGACAGAGACGGAGGAUGGUGAUUUGCUAGAACCGCCCGUCUUGGAAGAAGCAGUGUAUGGCAGGGACAGCAAUGGACAGUAUGAUGCUGACAUCCCAGCGGCAAGUCCAACUCUGUAUGUAGAUGAAUCUUUGACGGACAGUGUGAUGAAUGAGAUAGAGCCGGAGAUCAUGCAGUCUGAGAAGGGGACUUGGCAGUGUCCAAUGUGUCCCAUCCGCUGCACGGAGAAGGAUGUCGUCAAAGCUCACAUGCGGGACCGUCAUCUCAAUAAAGUCAGGAAGCACAUCUGCAAUAUUUGCAAGCGUGCUUUUACUCACAGCUCAGGACUAAAACAGCAUGUGACCCGCGUCCAUAGUGUUCCUGGACCCCCUCCAGACCCUGAUGGAGCAAAGUUCUUCAAGUGUGGACUGUGCGGGAAGUCUUUCUCUCUGGUACGUAGCCUCAUCAGUCACUGGCCUACCCACAAGUUGCAAACAUGCAGUAGUCUGGAGAACUUUCAGUGCAUCCUUUGCAAGGCCUUUUUCCAACUUCCAUCUCAGCUCCAGGAUCACUUCAUCAAGCAACAUCCUCAAGAAGCUACUUCUGGUUCUCUGCCUUCAGCCCGCGUAUCUGAGAAACGUCCUCAUCAAGACGACCCAAGUGACUCGCAGCCUACCAUAAAGCAAGAGAAACUGGACUUCUCUGCAAUAGACGAUGACCGAGAUUCUGCCCGAGGCAUGCCAGGAUUCCUAUCAAGUCGGCAAUGUCAGGACAACAGCUUUGACUCUGAUUACCAUCCUACACCUAGUAAUACCCGGAAGAUGAAAGCCACCACAUCUGCAGCAAGUCCAGCAGUCCGCAGCAGUCGUUUGGGCCAGUCGCCCCAUGCCCCUAAAGAGUCAGAUGGUGAUGAUCGCCCUGGGAGUCACAUCAGCAGUAUGUCUGGCUCCGACUCCUCCAAGGAACCAGUAGUCGAUGGCAACUAUGAGGAUACUGAGCCAACCAGCUCCCAGUCGUGCGCAUCUUGCAUGGAAAAAUCUGGUCGCCUUCUCACAAGCUGUAAGCACUGUGGCAUUUUUUUCACAGAUUUUGUGAUGCAUACACUUCACAUGGGGCUUCAUGGACAGGAUUAUCCAUUCCAGUGCCACCAUUGUGGUAAGAAUUGUCAGGACAAGUACAAUUUCUUCACACACAUCUACAGGGAAUCUCAUAUGUAGAUAGAAUGGGUGGUAUUCUCGAAAGCGGACUAACUUUAGUCCAUGGUUUAAUCCACCGACUAAGUAUGGAAUGCCAAGUGUCUGUAUGAAUAUAUUUUUGA